CGUCUGGCGAUUUAAAUCAUUCCCACAAGGAUCAAACGCACUCAGAAGAGCAGAAACAGCUGAACAGCAAACAUUCAGCAUUUAAGACUCACAGCAUCAAGAAUGAAGCAAGCAUUUAUCCUAUUGGUCUCCAUAGCCAUGGUUUUUGUGGCACCGGGUGCCCAAGGAUCAGCUCACCUGUCAUUUUCAAACAUAGCAGCGCUGGUCACUCGGACAGGUUGUGGAACCACUAAACUGUGUGUGGAGACACCAGAGGAUUGUGACCCUGCAACAAAGGAUACUUGCCUGUUUACAUCUGUGAAUGCCACUGCCGUCAUGGCUCCAAAUGGCACAACGCUGAGUUUUGAACUGAGUGGAACAAUCAGUGGGGAUCGUUACGUUGGAGUGGCACUCACUGCAAAUGCAUCUGAGGGUACCGGUAUGCUGUAUGUCUGUGGGAGAAACGGUACAACUUAUGGGGUCAGUGGGACAUUCUUCUUCCUGACAGUGCAGAUAAACAACACCAACGGAGCGCUCACUGUCAUGAACGAGAGGGCAACAGAAAUACAAAACUUGACAACAGAUACAAAGAUCCAGUGUGUGUUUGACGUCCCCGGAGUGAACGCCUCCAUGGCGAGGAACGUGGACACCACCUUCGUCCUCCAACUCGGGUCUGGAAGUGUAAACGGAAGUAUUCUCGGGUCCUUCACCGCCAACGUGACCACCCCUCCUCUGAACCUCCUCGAUCCAACCAGCAACCUGAACAACAACACCACCACCACUACUACUCCCACCCUGAACAACAACACCACCACCACCACUACUACUCCCACCCUGAACAACAACACCACCACCACCACUACUACUCCCACCCUGAACAACAACAUCACCACCACUACUACUCCCACCCUGAACAACAACAUCACCACCACUACUACUCCCACCCUGAACAACAACAUCACCACCACUACUACUCCCACCCUGAACAACAACAUCACCACCACUACUACUCCCACCCUGAACAACAACAUCACCACCACUACUCCACCCACCACCACUCCUCUCACUACCAUGUCAGGGGCAAACAGAGCCCUUUUCCCUCAGGCUUUGCCGCUGCUGCUUAGCAUCUUCAUCCUGUACAUCCUGAAGACAGCCUGAGAGAGUCCAGAGACGAAGCUGAGACCCAAUGAAGACACGAUGAUGACACAUUUGAGUGUCAAAGUGUUUAAAACGUGUUUUUGCAGAACUUAAAAUUAUUUAAAGGAUCUUUUUGCACCAUGUUUAUACCUGAUAACUACUUUGAGCUGAAGAAUCUAAUGACGUUCUGUUUGAAACCACCUUUUCUUGUUUUUGUGAUCAAAUGUUUUCAUAUUUUCUGUUGUCUCUCCAGUUUUUAAACAUAUUCCCUCUGACACCACAGCAGUGUCUGCAAAGAGAAAUUUCCACAUUUGGGUGUAACGAGUUUGAGCCGACAUCGACAGUGAACCACAACAGCCAACGUUAGUUCAGAGACACACAACCCAGCUCAGGAUUGUUACCUUGUUUUGAUGUGCAUGGAAUGUGACUGUAAACUAUCUGUUGAGCAGAUGACAGUGCACUUAAACUAAAAAUACCAAUAAAACUUAUAAAUAAU